UUGUCAAUUAACUCACAGGUGUGCUAAUGCCUAGCAACGUCUGGAGGACAUUUUGACCUGCUGUUUUCAUUGAUUUUGGGAUCCACUACCUCAAUUUUUUGCCUGUUCUUGGUUAAAAACUGUUCAACUGGAUUUACAUCGACCUAUGUCAACAAGAAGAAGCAUAUCUCAGACAUUACACCGACUGACAGAGCCUAAAUCCAACUUCAGGCUCAAACAAACAAAACCAAACAAGACAGCAGCCUCAUGUGCCCAUUUUGGGCUUCAUCUUUGCAGACAUUGGGAGCUGUCAUUUCGCGACACCCUAUGACGUGGGUGACACUCAGCCGUUAUGACAGGUGCUGGACAGCAGACGCACUGCUAGGCGAGCUGGCAAUAUUUCUUCAGGAUUGCCCAGAUUGGGGGUUAAGACCAAACACAGAAAAAGCGGGAAAAAUGGGAACCUCUGAUGCCACUAGAUCAGUUUCUUCUGCCAGUACCCAUCUUCAUCACUGCCACAUCAGCUGGUCCCAAGGUUGUGAGGUCAUCCAAACAUCUGGCCCCUCUACCAUGUUUUCUAAGUGGAUGGCCUUCUGCCAGUUGGGCCUGGCUCCGAGUGCUGUAGUGUCAACACUGAAGAGUGAGGGCCAGAGGGGUGAUGAUGUUCUUGGCUGGAAGUCUCAAAGGCUGAUAGAAGAACUUGGCCCUUUUUCUGAGCCUGCCAGCACGGCCCUCGCUCAGGCAGGCUCGGGCUCCCAGCUCUAAUUCUGCAGCACUCGCCGACGUCCUUCAAUUGACCUUGGCGCACCACGAUGCCCUCUGCCGCCAUGCUGCUAUAGCCUCGCUGUGCCCCCUGCGGUUCGCAAACGCAUCAUUACAGACACACAAUCACACAUAUUGUCAUCCUGCUAAUCAAUACUGCAUUCGGGGCUCCGAUCACGUGGAGGGGGCCUCUGGGAAAAAUCAUUGGAUUCGCAGCGCUGUGACUGGUCGCACAUGUACGCUUGUGUGUGUGCUUACAUCUGCUUGUGUGUGUUUUCAGUAAUGAGUAGGGUGCAAAGGCUAAUAGCGUUAUUUCAAUGAUGACCUGUUGGUCGCUGCAUAGGGUUGAGUUUGUGUACGUGGGUGUGUUGGAUCAUAUAUGUGUGUUUACAUUAUGUAGGCUCCUGCACCUCCUCUAUAGAGGUUACACUUGUAUCAUCUAGUCCUCCCCCUCCACCUCGCUGCCCUGCUGCAGAACAGGGGCACUUAACAACCGUGUGUAUGUUUCUACCUACCUUAACUGUAGAAACAGAAAACCAGCUUUUUUUUUCUGACUGUGACUCAAAAAGUUGGGCAGCUGCUCGCAACAUUGCAUUGUGGUUAUUUCUGUCUUCGUAAGAAUUAACCCCUGCUCAUACUUGUCAAGUAUGUGCCUUUGUACUGGCAAUUAAAAUAGGCAGAAUCUAUAUUUUAAAGGUUGCCAGUGCAUCAAAAUCUGCAAAAAAAAAAGCUGUUUGUUUGAUUGCAGAAAGUAACUUCAAGUGCCCCUGUUAUGCAGAGCAUAAAAAUGCUGGUGAUUAAUAUAAGAUUAGGCGAGUCUGCAUUUUAACAGUGCCCAUUCUAGACCUGCAUCUGUAUAAAAGGCUGACCAGCGAGAUAGAAGAGGGAGUGCGUGGCAUUCGGCUCUAUCUCCACCGCUCCAUUCCACUCAUCUGUCCCCAGGGCCAGAGUCAGAGCGGCGGGGAUCAAAAGUAAAAUCAGAGCGGAGAGCUGUAUCCAAUCGUGUCAGUCGGAGAGGUCUCUCCCCUCUACUGUAGUCUGGCAACGUCCAGGGCUGAGGGCACUGAUCUCUAUCAACGAGGAUAAAUUCAGUCAAGCCUCUAAAAUGUGUGGCGGUGGACCUCAAGUGAUUUAAAUCAUUAAAAUGAGGCCAGCUGCAUCAUGCAGUCGGAGCACGCGGCGGGGGCACCCGGCAGCCGGGUACAGAGAGAAGAGUGCCAUCAUCUGGCCCCGGCUGAUACAUCCAUCCCACUGCAGAGUGCAACAGCACAUCAGUGGAGCCUUUAGUGGAGGAAUUUGAAUGUGUAUUUGGAUAUGAUAACAAGUGUUUGGUCCAGUGUGACAUUGUUGGCAACUUCUGAGACGCAUCUUAAAGGAACAAUCUGUACCUUUAAGUAGAAGUAGUCUACAUGCAUAAUGGAUGUGUACAGUGUCGUAGGAGGAAGAAUAUACCAGUGUUUGCUUUUUGGUGUGAGGCCCAUUCUAGAUAAUCUGUGUAAUAGCGCGAUUAUCAGCACAGAUUGGGUGCAGAACUUGUGUGUUCAGGAGAAAAGGCGCACUAGCCUGACAGCAUCUUAAGGAGGAACCAGCAGCUUUUACCAGAGACAGACAACAAUCACACAUCAACCGUUCCAUUUGACAAAUAAUAGAGCAGCGCCUCCUGCAAUCAUUAUAUGGGCCUGCGAGAGGGAGAGUGUGUGUGUGCAUUUGUAUAAUUGUAGGGUUACGGACAUAUGUUUGUGUUCAUUCUGCUCAUAGUAAAAAAGAUUGUGAGGUGUUGAUUUACCUUUCAGCGUGUAAUUGAAAAAGAAAAUCGCUACAAGUCACUCGCGCCAGCGGUCUCGGAGAAAAAAAGUGCUUUCUGGGAGUGAAAUGAACCGACUUGCGUUAGUGCUCGACUCAGCUUUCUCUGGUUUUUGUGCUGGCAGUCGACAAAUGUCUACGCCAUACAGCUCAAACUUUACCCGUUUUAUAAAACGUAAAAUGAUUUUAGCACUCUUACUUGCAUUUUCUCUUUGUCUCACACUGUAAGAAACAUCAAUGUAAGCAAAGCACAGUAUGUUCCAAUGCAGAGAAACGCUUCAAAACACUGCUCCUCAAACAUCCUUGGGCUUCAUGAAACAUCUGAUUGUCCUGAGCAAAACAAACAGGUGGAAUUAUCUGUGACACGUACCAGACAGCAAAAACACACAGGAGCAUCUCAAGUCAAUCAGCAAUCACGCCUGUCCCAAGCAUAAACACACCUAUUGCACACGCCAAGCGGUGUCAGUGUAAACAAUGCAGAACAAUACGCUCUGCAUUUUCUAGCUGCAGCGGCUCCUCUGAUUGGCCGGAUCGAUCGUCGGAGGCAUUUGAUGUUAUAGGAGGAGAGGCGAGGCAUAUUGAUGGGAGGAUAAUCAGAGUCAAGCCGGCUUGGUCCUCUUCAAUAAUUCAAAGGAAGGAUUUGGGGUGAGAUUCCCUCAGAUCGGAGGUGUGAUGUACAUUUCAUAGCCUGAGAGUUUGGGGAGCUGCACGGGAGCGGGGAGGGUGUGUGUGUGUGAGAGUGGGAUGGGGAUGGGGGUGGAGGAGGGGGCUCAAACACGUGGGCUCAAACAUGAGACAUCUUUUGAACCAAUCGCACCAACAGUGAUGUUCUCCAUCUUCUACAACUAUGAAAACUAUAAUGAAAAAAAUGGUAUGUUGCAUGCAUGUGCUUGCGUCUGUGUGCUCGUGUUCACGCACUUAAUGCCCAUAUUUCCCACUUUGGAGGCUUUUUGCAACAUUCCCGAGGCAGAAUGUAUAGCAAACUGUGUUUACAUCACCCAGAGGACCUUACACUGCAAUCCAAGCAUUGAUUUUCCUCUAACACCUUCAGCUCUAUACGUGUGACUAAGCCAGUUUUACCGGCCGUGACAUUGCUGUGAAAAACAGAACAAGCAUAAACAUUUUACCUCCUUUUUUUCUUUCUCUGUCUUCUCUGUAAGCAUUAAAUUCAGGAUCAACGCACCGCCUUUUGAACCCGAAUUAGAUUGUUGUUGAACAUCAGUUUGCAUCAGAUCAGAGAGCACGUCGUGUCAAAUGAACUUUGAUUACGAGGAUGCGGAGUUUAGCUGGUUUAGUUAGAACGAAGCUUUGAUCAAAUCAUAACUCUGACCUGUCUACGUGUGUGUUUUAGUUGAUCUGUUAAAAAACUUUUCUUACCUUUUAAAGGAUGAGUUUCUAAACAAUUGCAAAUGUCACAGAAUUUAUUCUGAUGUGUAUUAAAACAUCAUCAGU